CCAAUAAACAAUUACGAAUGUGACAUUUGGCCUAAUCACAAUAUUCCUUCCACGUAAGUGCAGAACUUCAAUAAAAAUAAUUAAACUCCUUCAUUCUGGCUCAGUUUAAAUCUGCAAUGAGGAGAAAUCACGCUGGCUACAGUUAUGAGCCUCUCCCCCAAAGGUCCAACGAAAUCGAGGACGAAAACGAUAAAUUAACAGAGGAAUUGCGGGAUAAAGUUAAUGUUUUGAAGUCUUUAUCGAUAGAUAUUGGUAAUGAAGUGAGGUAUCAGGAUAGAUUAAUGAACGAUAUUGACGAUGACUUGGAACGUACUGGAGGAUUUCUUGGAAAAACCAUGAAUAAUGUAUUGAAGUUGUCUAGGAAUUCACAUAAUUGUAGUAUACUCCAUAUUGUUCUUUUUUCUGUUACCUUGUUUUUCAUUUUGUACAUCGUUCUGAAAUUCAGGUAAUAAUACAACCAUCGUGGAAGUUGUGAAUAAAUAAGCUUUGAUAAAAAUAAUAGACUCCCUUUACUAUUUUAUCGGUUUCUUGGGAUGUAUUUAUGGUAUAAAGUGGAAGCUCUGAAAUGUUAUUGUAUUAAACAUAAAGUUCAGAAAUUGUGAAUGUACAGAUGUUACAAUUCUCAUGUUGAAAUGACCAAGUAUUUUUGUUAUAGAUAUUUUAUUUGAAAUAAAUAUGAAUUACCCAAUUA